CUCUUUUAUGACCAACCCUCUUUCAUCCAGGCAGGCGUUUGUUCGCUGGAUUUUAUAAGAGCCUGUUUAAUUACAUAUAUAUAUAUUUUUUAAACACAGUCUAUGAGCUACAGUGUCGGGGCUGCUGAGACUGAAGAGAAUCGAGGAAACCUACCACAGGUGAAAGGAGGUUUUACGACGCUGCGGUACAGAUGAUUGAACACUUUAGCAGUAACUCAGCGCAAUCUCCCCGCUUACCCUGACUGAAACGGGGCGGAAAUUGAGGCUAAAACACUUUGGAACAACUAAAAAGGGACCAAGUUCUGUUUCCGAGCGAAUCUAAAACCCGCUGCGUUGUUUCCCCAACUGGGCUUUCUGUGGAAGAUGUGACCUUUUCUGUUGCGCCCCGUGGAGAAAAUCACUGCUUUUUUUCUUUUGUUAUUAGUUCUUUUUUUUUUUUUUUUUCUUUUGUUUUUUCCACCCCCUAAUCAGUUACUCGAGCUUGACAUGUCUUUUUGUGGGAUUACACGUGGAGAUAUGAUCACUGUGAGAGACCGAGCUGGAUUGUGAAUUUACUGUCAGCGCUUUUUUUUCUUCUUUAUUUUUUCUUUAUUUCUUCUUCCUUUUUUAAAACUUGUCUCCAUAACGAAGGAAGUGCUCUAGCUGUUUUCUUCAAUGGCUUCAGUGUCAAGGUUGGGAAGACGCAAAGAUGCCAGUCGCUGGCCGAGAAUGUCGUCAAGUUUCUGGGCUGUGCUGCUCCUGACAGCGCUGCUGCUUCUCUAUUGCGGCCAGCUGGCAGCGGGGACAUGUGAGAUUGUGACGCUGGACAGGGACAGCAGCCAACCACGGCGGACCAUCGCCAGGCAGACGGCCCGCUGUGCCUGUAAGAAGGGCCAGAUCGCUGGAACUACAAGAGCUAGACCCGCCUGUGUGGACGCUGGUAUUGUUCGGAAAAAGCAAUGGUGUGAGAUGGUGCCGUGUUUGGAGGACGAGGGUUGCGACCUGUUAGUCAAUAGAUCUGGCUGGACUUGUACGCAGCCCGGAGGCCGAGUUAAAACCACUACGGCUCUAUGACGUGACAAGAGUCCCCCUCGACACUCUUGCACUAUGGAAAGCAUUGAUGACCCCUUGACAGACAGCCAAUUUCCAGCUACCACCACCACCACCAUUACAACAGCUCCGCCCUUACCUUGGCCUCAAAGGCAGGAAGCAACACAAGCAGCUACAGAGCACCAAGAGCCUUGUGAAGGCAGUAAGGUCUCGUAACACAGCCAGAGACGGGAAAACCAGGGAGUGAUUGUUUGAGGGAGUCAUCUCUCCCUGUGACACUGGACAAACUUACUAUAAAACACUUCCUGUUUCCUGUGACUGGCCACCGCGGGUUUCUGACUGCUCCCUCCUGCUAUCUGUCGUUGGGUCAACACGUUGUAUCCACCUCCUCUCCACUGUUAUCUGCCUGCUCUGUGAAUUUAGCAGCACAUGCUCAUGCCACGGAGGUUCGGACACCUUAAAAUCCCAUGAAUGUUUUUUUUUUUUU